UAUGCACAAUUAAAACAUAUCUUAACGAGACAUAUCCUAAUAAGCUGAAAUGAUAAAGCCUAAUAAAGUGUUUAUUCGCUACUUCAGCUAAACUUUGUCACUGAAUAGAAAGUGUGGCAGCUACUGGGGGGUUUUAUUUUGGAGGUUUAGCCCGGCAGUCUUUCUUUUCUAGCUGUGGUCAUGAGGGCGCUUCACCGCCAUGUGAAACACACAGACUGGCUCUGUCUCAGCAGCGCACUGAGUAUGGCUCUCUCAAAGUCGGCUAGACGAUGAACUGAGCAGCAACAGAUAAGGAAGCGAAAGGAAAGGAAAGCGACACACAACCGAUCUAAAAGAUUGGGUGAUGUGAAAAUCUGGAGAGAUCCUUGUGGGCCGAGCAGGCAGAAGUGAAGAGGCAGGAGUUUGUGUGUGAGUGUGUGUGUGUGUGUGUGCCUGCUGGUGCUCUCUCGCUGGCCAUCAGAUGACCGACUUCUGAAAAGUCCAUCGGCGCUGUCCUCGCAGUUUUUCAGCUCGAGGCUUCGUGGAAACAUCAUGGCUGUCUCACCACCCUCCUCCAAACUCCUUCUCUUACUCCUCAUUUCCUCCCUGGGCUGGCUGUCCACUCCAGGAUCUGCAUUUAUCAUGGACCGGGACCACAUGACAUCAUCAGCUCCCCUUGAGCCUCAUUUCACAGAGUGCAUAUCGAGGGACCAGGAGACAUUCCGCUGUUGGUGGAGUCCAGGCAACUUCCAAAACCUGUCCGACCCUGGAGCACUGAGAGUCUUCUACCUUAAGAAAGACUCUCCCACCAGUGAAUGGAAAGAGUGUCCAGAGUAUAUCCUUUCAAACAGGGAGUGCUUCUUCGAUGUACAACACACAUCCAUUUGGAUCCCCUACUGCGUGCAGCUGCGCAGCCAAGACAACGUCACCUAUUUCCAAGAGGACGACUGUUUCACUGUGGAGAAUAUCGUACGUCCUGACCCUCCAGUGUCUCUAAACUGGACCCUUCUGAACAUAAGUCCCUCUGGGCUAAGUUAUGAUGUCAUGGUCAACUGGGAGCCGCCGCCCUCUGCAGAUGUCAGAGCAGGCUGGAUGCGCAUUGAGUACGAGAUCCAGUACAGAGAGAGAAAUACCACAAACUGGGAAGCAUUGGAGAUGCAGCCGCACACCCAGCAGACAAUCUAUGGUCUACACAAAGGAAAAGAGUAUGAAGUACACAUCCGCUGCAGGAUGCAGGCCUUCACUAAGUUUGGAGAGUUUAGCGACUCCAUCUUCAUUCAAGUAACUGAGAUUCCCAGCAAAGAGUCUGUUUUUCCACUCACACUGGUUGUUGUUUUCGGGAUUGUGGGCAUCCUCAUACUCAUUAUGCUGGUUGUGAUCUCUCAGCAGCACAGAUUAAUGAUGAUUCUGUUGCCACCAGUUCCUGCACCCAAAAUUAAAGGCAUUGAUCCAGAGCUGUUAAAGAAGGGGAAGCUGGAGGAGCUGAAUUUUAUCCUGAGUGGUGGAGGUAUGGGUGGCCUGCCCACUUACGCACCAGAUUUCUACCAAGACGAGCCGUGGGUGGAGUUCAUCGAGGUGGAUGCGGAGGAUCCAGACAGUGGGGAGAAGGAGGACAACCAGGGCUCAGACACCCAGAGGCUCCUGAGUGUGUCCCAACCCGUCAGCCACCAUAUGCACAUAGGAUGCUCCAAUGCCAUCAGCUUCCCUGACGAUGACUCAGGCCGGGCCAGCUGUUAUGACCCAGAUGUGCCGGACCAGGACACCCUAAUGCUGAUGGCCACCCUGUUGCCAGGCCAACCUGAGGACAGAGAAGCCUCCCUCAAUGUUGUAGAAAGAGCCUCAGAGAGAGGCGAGAGGCCCCUCAUCCACACCCAAACUGGAGGGCCCCAGACUUGGGUCAACACAGACUUCUAUGCCCAGGUCAGCAAUGUUAUGCCCUCCGGAGGCGUGGUGCUGUCUCCUGGGCAACAACUCAGAAUCCAGGAGAACACCUCAACCACUGAGGAGGAAACACAGAAGACAGGAAAAGAGAGCGAAGGCAACGAGGAGACUGAUGAAAAGAAGCAGAAAGAGCUACAGUUUCAGAUGCUGGUAGUGGAACCUGAGGGAAGUGGUUACACCACAGAGAGCAGCGCCCGGCAGAUCAGCACUCCCCCUAGCUCCCCCAUGCCCGACAAGGGCUAUCACACCAUACAACCUCAGCCAGUGGAGACCAAACCCGCAGUCACAGCGGAGGAUAAUCAAUCACCCUACAUUCUUCCUGACUCUCCCCAGUCCCAGUUCUUUGCCCCCGUUGCAGACUACACAGUGGUACAAGAGGUGGACAGUCAGCACAGUCUGCUGCUCAACCCGCCUCCCCUCCAGUCUCCCCCUCCCUGCCUGCCACAACACCCCCUCAAGGCCCUACCUGCUAUGCCUGUAGGGUACAUCACCCCAGACCUGCUGGGGAACCUCUCACCGUGAAAUGACAAUGCCAUUAGGCCUUUAGGUGUUAGGUUGAUUGACCAGGAAGUCCCCCUGCAGUCACAAAGCCUGUGUCUACCUGAUUCCUGCUGGAAACCAAAUAACUCACAGCACACAGUGUGGAUGAGAAUGUGCAGGUGUUUGUUUUCAGAGGGUGCUGAAAAGGAGAUGUGAAAAGCUGCAAGUUUUAUUGCUGACUGUUUUACAUCUGCAAUUACAUCAAUUAAUUUGAUGCAGAGGUAGCCAAAAGUAUACAUCACAAACCAAAUGCACAGUUUGUUCUUUUUUUUUUCCAUGCACAAGACAGACACGGAUGAUAGGCUGAGACUAUGAUUAUAAUGAGUCAAUAAGCUUCAGCUUGCUGCUAACCUGCCUUGGAUCUCAUUACAUCUCUGGCUAACUGUGUUUUAGAUCAGUGACAGUGUUAAAGUCUUAAUCUUACAGAGAGAUGUCAGUGUAUGUCAAUUGGGGAGAAAACAAGCACAUUGUAGUCAUGUUUUUACUCUGCAGUUCUUGAUACCUCUUGCUGGCAGAGGUUUUUCAAUUAAUUGUCACCUAAAAACGCUUGGUGGCUUGUUUUGUAUUCUUAAAUUUCUUAGCUCAUCGUGUCAUCAGUAUUUCACUAGAGAUAUAUUUUUAUAUGAAAGAUAUUAGCUAUCCACCCUAAUACACAGCUAAAACACAGCUAUGCAGAUUCACCUUGCAUUCCUGGCUUCAUUUUGUUCAGUGGUAUACUGUUCAUAUGUUCAUGAAUAAGUGGCCAAACAGAUUAUAUGAUGUCAAGACAUUUUCGCUCCACGGCUGCAAUAGAGUUUAAUAGAAGAAAUACUUUUAACAACACAGAUGCGCACACACACCGACAUGCAAAUACAUUAAUAAUAAAGCAGUACCAGAGGAGUCCUUACAUAUACUAUUGCUAUUAUAUCUCUUUCACUCCUUGGGGGAUGUUGACAGGCAUUCAAGAAUAUGAAGGAAAUCACUAACUGAAGUAGAAGCAGAGGAGACAAAGGGAAAUUGCAACAAAUCUGGAAUGCAUUGAACAUUGCAGACUGAUUAAGCAUAAGAGUGUCCCAGAAUUUUUCUUUAACCUGGGUUUAUUUAUUUUCAUUUUAUUUUUUAACAUACCGAGAACCUACAGCGCUGUAAGAGGAAGGACUCAUUCAGAUUCAUUCAUAGCUGUGAGCUGCUCAGUGCAAACUGUGCUGUAGAGCACGGAGCACCACAAGUGCCUUGCUCACGGGCACAUUGAAAUAUAUAUUUAGCAGAAGGGAAGGAGACACAGACACACAGACGGCAGUUCAGUAAAACCAAGUAUUGCAUUACAGCUUGAAACAGCAACCAAGUCUCACCUUUACAACCAGCACUUACUCAUAAUCUAUCACUUAGACCGAAACUUUAAUUAGCAAGCUUAUUGCUCGGGAGUUGUAUUUGUCUCAUGUUGCAUUGUUAUUGCAGCGACAGCAACUGGAAUAAGUUGAAAGAAUGUGAAAGUAUGUAAUAGCUGUAAUUAGCUAACAUUUUAUACUUAUUGUCUGCCAAGUACACAGUGUUAACAACGUGUGCCUAUUACUGUGUUAUUGGCUUGCCGUUUCUGUGCUAAUAUAUGUUUACAUAAUUAGGAUUUGUGCAUUUAUGCAUUGCUAUGUACACGCAAAUACUGCUAUGUAUAGGUGAAUUAGUGUAAAGCCUCUCUGUGCAUAGAACACAGUAACAUGCAUAUAUACACACACACUACAGAAAAAAAAGAAAACACAUGUCUUAAUUGAUAUUUAAUUUUGCCUUCCUAACAUAGCCAUAAAAAUGAUGAGCUGAAAAUUGCCUAAAGUUGCAAGGGUGAACAUUUUUUGAGGCCACUAAACCUUAAGUUGCACAUUAUAGACCAUGCUCAUAAAAACUGACCACAAUUUCCAACCCAAAAAUUUUCUAGGACCUUUAGUUCCAAGUUCUGGUCUGUCAGGGUGGAUAGAUAUAAAAAAGUUCCCCUAAAACCUGAGAGUCACUUACAGCAGGCAAUGCGUGUGUAAUUAGGCAUGUGAUCCUUUUUUUGUCCCAGUACUUGUCAUAGAAUACCUAAAUUUAGGACAUUAUUUCAGCAGAAUCUGUUGCAUAAUUAAUUAUUUUCUCACAUUUACCAUAUAGUGUAAGCUUGGCCUUAGUUAAUUGAGAUUGUAAGCUUUAAUUAUGGCCUGUGGGUUUGAAGAUGGCAGAGGAGACAUAUUGUGAUGGUUUUAGGCUCCUCAUAUUUUUUCAUCCUAUGAAUUAUCAUGAAGACAACAUGCCUGUGACAAACACAGUAGCAUGGCAUACAAUAAGAUAUCCAAGCUUAGGCUGAUUGAGGUUGUGCAUUAUUCAUGAUUGUAAUACAAAACAAUGAAUUUUCAUUUCAGCAAGUCUAUGAGUGAGUCAGAGGCAUUGUUAUUGUAUAGCAUCAAGGCAGCCUUCAAAUGAGCACAUCUCACCAUAAACAAAAAAAUACGUCAUAUUGCAAAGGAAAAACAUCCCGCCUUUGAAUUAUGUUGUUUUGGACUCAUUCUUGAGAUAAGCAGGCUGAAAAAGAUAGAAAAGGUCUUUUGUAUCAGACAAUCUAGAAUGAAGAGAGACAAAGAAAGAGCCAUAAAAAAUGUGAAUAUGAUAAAUAUGUGCCAUUUCUCUCUUUCUGUCUCUCUCUCUCUUUCGAAAAAGCUCAGUGUUCUGUUGUUGCUGCCUAGUGCUGAUGAUACCAGCAAGUCAAUGCUGUUGCAGAAAUGUCUUAAUAUAUUUACUAGUGCUGUAAAAUUACAAGUAUAUAUUUUUUAUGUCAUUAAUGUUACUAAUCACAAUAUAUUGCUGCUCGGUACAUGUAUUUUUUCCUGCAUUCAGCCUUACUGUGAUGGGGAAGUGUCAUUUAAGAGAGUGCAACGAUCACUGUAUUGUGUACAAGGGUAAAUAUUUGGUGGUAAAACCAGCAAAAUUGAUGAAACUGAUACCUGAAAAAUGGUCUGAGUUAAGCUGGAGGGUAUUAUUUGGCUCAGUUAUCAGUUCAAUUAUGAAUAGAAACACUUGGACAGUUUUUCCCCAAAGUUGAGAUGCAAUACAGUUGUCUAAUGAUGCCCAUGCAACUUUCAGAGUAUUGACACCCAUUCAAAGAUCCAGAGAAGCCUCUUCGUGUAUAUGAAGGAAGAUAAUGGAAAAAGCACUGUUAAGUUUCUGUUUCAGUUGUACCAUGGUGAUUGUGAAUGUGUGCAAACUGGAAUAUGGAAUGCAAUUAUGAUAUUGAGGAAAAGUUUUAUUAAAAAAAAGUGUUUUUAAGGUCACGGCAAGGAAGACAAAUUGGGAGGUGCUUUUGUUCAAGCUUACAGGUGUUUACUUCAUUGUGUCUGCAAUUUUAUUUUUUUGACAAUUCACAAUGAGUUCAUUUUUAAUGUAGUGUAAAAGUUUGCAACUGUUAUUUCAAGUUUAUAAAUGUUACAGACACUUCAGAGCAAGCACUUUGUACACAUAUAUAUAUCAGAUGUUUAAAUAGUGUUCAGAUUUUGUAUCUCAGACUAAAUCAAGUCUAUGAAUGACCUGUUAUAAAACAGCAUAUGUUUUUUUUUAUUCAGCACAAUAAUCGGACGAUGAUGAACCGUCAAUAUCAAUAAGCUUCAGUUUUGUUCUACAGAGUUUAUGUUUAUAGGAUGUAUUUUACACUACCAGAUUGAUAGAAUGAUGUACUGUAAUGGAGUAUUUAAUAUUUGCUAGAAGAUUUAUGGAUAGAUAGAGUAGAUAGAUGUAGUCUAUUAUGAAGUCAUAUCAAAAUAUAGGCAGAGUGAAAUAGUUAUACUGUAACUAUACAUUCUUACAUUUCUCCCACUAUGUGAUUUCAACGUUUCUUUAUUGAAAAGUUCAUUGAAAGAGGCUGAAGCAUUUUUUAAUUUUGUGUUUUGGCCUCCAACUUCUUGGUUUUGUGUCAGUGAAAGAGUGGCUUUUGUCGCUUUGUUAAGCCUGGAAAUAAUCUUGAGUGCUGGAAUUUGUGCUGGUUGUGACUCUUUAUCAACAAAGAGUGUUCGGCCAGACAUUUUUUAGCUUGUUGGGAAAAUUGUUUAAUUCUUGACUUGAGUACUGCGGUUAUAGCCUGUUUUUUUAUGACUAAGUUCAGUGGCUCCAAUCUAUAUUUCUCUCCAUGUGUGAUUUAUUUGUCUGCUCUGAACCCUCAGAUCACCCCACCACCUUAUCUGACCGCAGUGGUCGGGGCAGCAUGUGUGCGCUGUUAUUUCUGAUAUGUUGUCAUCCAGGCUCAUAAAACUGGAAAUAUGCUACACGUGCAGCUGUUUGUACACGUGGAAACAGCUGCAUUGCGGUCACAAGUGUGACAAACUCAUUAUCAUAAUUUAUCACAAUGCAUUGGUGUCAUUAAUUUUAUAUGAUCUUGCUCCAAGUUUUCAUGCCUCAACAUCCCAUCUUAUAUUUGCAGAGCUCCUAACCUUGGAACCACUGUUCUAGUCUGUUGGCUGCUGUUCUGCUCAAGACCAAGAACUGUUGUAAUCUUUGAUGAUUUGAUAUUGUUCCCUUCCCAUUUAAGCCUUUCUGGUGUUGUAUGUGUGAUCAAUAAGCUUUCAACAAGUUACACAAUAAAUGUAUACAGCAUCUUAA